AUGACGAAUCAUGAAAGAAAAAGAAAGCUUCAAGAAAUGUAUGACGAGUAUGAGCUGUACAGCACUGAAGAAGAGUUUCGUAGCUUUCCACGUUUAGACUUUACUGCAAACAUGUCUAACGGCAAGAAUGUAACUCCAUCAAACAUUUUUACUGCUGCUAAAUUGGGGAAUAUUGAAGGCGUGGACACUGCCUCAAUUAAUUGCAAAACUAGUAGUGGCUUGACUGCGCUUAUGGUAGCUGCUGAAGACAAGAAUUUGCUGGCAUAUUCCUUUUAUAGAAAACCUGAUCUUCUUGUCACAGCACUAACCAUUGCUGUGGAAGUUCGCGACAUAGAAUGUGUAGAAGAGCUGAUCAGGGCUGGAUGUUUCUUUAAUUGUGAUCGAGGAUUGGAGGCUUUAGAGAUGUCAAAGAAUGAACACUUUAUGGCAGCUGUUGCCGAAGGCGAGAAAGCUAUGCAGAAAUAUCUUAAAGAUGACUCGGACCAAAGUGGGACCGCAUUUUAUGUGGCUUUUAUUAAUGAACGUAUUGAUUUGCUAUAUGAAUUAAUAGACGCGGGGGUUUCCAUCAAUUUAAAAUCAUUAACGGGUGAAAAUUUAUCGGAAAAGUUAGCUCUGAUUAACAAUCUUCUUAUUUCACCACAAGGGAAGCGUAGUGGAAUGGUAAGACAUUUAGAGUCACUACUUACACAAGCCGUACAAGUGAAAGAUAUAUCGAUUAUCAGAAUUCUAAUUGAAAAAUACUCUGAUUUUAAUAUUGUGCAUUUCUCCAAAAAUAAAGCUCUUCAAAUCGCUUGUAGUGGUGAUAGAGUUGAGCUAAUAAAUGUGUUGUUGGUUGGAGCUAAAAUGGAAGCAGUUAGUUGCUGUCACAUAGAAAUCGUUAAACUGCUUGUAUCAUCCGGCGCGGAUGUUAACUUGGUUGACGAAGACGGCAGUAGUUUACUUAUAAAAGCUGUUCUGUCAAAACAAAUGAAGAUUGUCAACUUUCUUAUAGAAAAGAAAGUAAAUAUCGACCAAGCAGAUGAUUCUCGGAGUACAGCUCUUCAUUAUGCCUGCAGGUCAAAUAAUCUGGAAAUAGUAAAAUUAAUUGUGAACGCUGGAGCUAAAGUUGAGGGCUAUAAUAAUGAAAGUUAUACACCUUUCUCUGAGGCAUGUAAGAUAUCGCAAAUAGACAUGAUGGAGCUUCUUAUCAAGGCAGGCUCGGAUAUAAAUUGUGUAGAUAAAUAUCAAAGAACGCCUCUGAUGAACUCGAUUAUAGAACGUAAUCUUGCCACCACACAAUUUUUGUUAGAACAUGGAGCUGAUAUUUCAAAAGUGGACAUAGACGGAAUGACAGCCUUGACGUGGGCAGCUAAAACAAAUAACGAACAAGUCUUUAAUCUUUUGCUUGACCUUAAGCCUGAAGUCAAUUGUGUUGACCUAAAACAGAUGACAGCAUUAGCUUAUGCGGUGAUCAACAGUAACGUACAGAUGGUAGCCAAGUUGAUACAAGCUGGAGCUGAUGUUAACAUCACUUUCAGUCAUCAAGUAAACUGUUAUAAAAUAUGUAAAAUACCAAAUAUGUUUUUAGAGUGUAGAGCUGAUGUAAACGUGAUAUGCGAGUCUCUAUGCACUCCAACAAUCGUCGCUGUUUUAAAUAAUGACUCAGAGCUUUUAAAUUUGUUGAUUCAACAUGGCGCGAUGUUAGAUAUGGGCAAGUAUUCCGAGCUAAUGAUUGCUCUUGAACAUAGAAAUGUUGAGAUGUCGAUAGCUUUAUUAAACAAUGGAGCUGACGCCAAUGUGCGAGACACUAAAAAGACACCAGCGCUCACGAUAGCCAUAAAACAGGCUAUUGGUGGUUAUAUAUUCCACACAUCCUUAGUAAGAACAAACUCACAUGAUAGAAUACAAAAUUGGAGAGAUAAAAUAAAGCUUGUAGCUGAAUCAUUUUUAAACAAUUGCGCCAAUGUUUCAACCACCGAUAAUGAAGGUAACACAUGUCUACAUGCAGCAGCUGAGUUGGGCGACGUGGAUGUUUUGGAGUUGUUUGUAGACCACAAAGCUGACGUCAAUGUCCAGAACGCAAAAGGUGAGACGCCGUUUAUAAUGGCGUGUCGUCAUUGUGGUAAUCUUGAGGCUGUCAGGUACCUUCUCACUGUCGGAGCUGAUGUAAUGUUAGUUGACGAAAACAAGAAUACAACCUUGCACCACACGAUGCUCAAAGGAGAUGAAUUAUUGUGUCGCUAUGAGAAAGUGAUUUUAGAAUUGCUUCCAAUUACUAUUAAACAUUUAAUAAAAAACAAUGCAAACAUCCACGCCCGUAAUGGACAUGGUAACACAAAACUACAUUUGGCUGCAAAAUUCGAAGUCGACGCUUCCAUAAGUGCUUUGAUAAAACAUGGAGUAAAUGUAAAUGAUCAAAACAACGAAGGAAACACACCACUUUUCCUUAUGAAGAAACAUAAAUUAAUUAAUUACUUGAUUGAUUUUGGAACUGACAUAAAUUUACAAAAUAAAUUAGGAGAAACACUUUUACACCAUGCCUUUAGUGUUGAUGUUGCACGUGUAUUAUUAGAAAUGGGUGCAGAUAAGGAAAUUCUCACAAAUGAGGGGCGGUCAGCUCUGAUGUAUGCCACAGAAGCAAGUAAAUAUUCAUUGGCUCAAUUAUUAGUAGAACAAGGUGCUAGUGUAAACGUGCAAGAUAAUAAUGGAAAAAAUGCUUUGAUGCUUGCCAUUGAGAAUUAUGCCAUCAAAAGUGAUUUUUUAAAUAUACUUUUAGAACAUGGAGCAGAUGUGAAUGCAAGUGAUGCCACAGGCCAGACCGCUUGUAUGAUAGCCGUAAACAAAGAUUGCACUGAUUAUUGUUUUGAAGUUUUACCCAAACUCUUAGCAUAUGGGGCUGAUAUGAAUAAGGUGGACAGUAAAAACAGAACUGCACUCGUUCAUAUUUUAUUAAAGAUUGAUACAAACAAGUUGUACUGUAUUUCAAAUAUACUAAAACUAGGUGCAGAUUUAGUAGUAGAUAAUGAGUACCGGUAUUUAGUCCAAAAAAUUAGUAAAAAAAUUGAAAAUCAUAAAGAAUACGUGAUAACAACCAGUGAAGUGUCUCAACGAUUGUUUCAGUUUUGUCUUGUGAAUGGAUGCAUUUUAUUACAGGCAUUUAACCUCUGGGGAAUAGAUCAAGCACUAAACAUUCCUCGCUUCAUGUCUUAUAACAGUUUAAUAUUUGUCAAAUAUCUUUUCGCCACAGGAAUGAUAUUCAAGUCUGACUUUCAAAUGUUGCGAAAGUUUAAAGAAAACGAUUCGGUUAACUCAACAACGCUAAAUAUUCCACCUGAAUUACAAUUAGCAAUCCACCAACCCUGGCCACUGGUCAAACUAGCUUUUAUUGAAGUCUCCACCUUACUUGGGACUGGACCUAUGAGAGAAGAAAAACUAAAACAGACCAAACUCCCACCAAGAUUACAGCGAGCGUUGAUGUUUCAAGAACCAAUAUCUAGAUUACCUGUAGAAGACUGGUCUAAAAUACCUCUUUGUUUUGACCCAGUACAGUACGAUACUUUACCCUGUCCUAGACCUUUACUCUACUACUGGCCUGUUGGGCAUAGGCUGGUUAUUUAA